CAUAUACGUAUACACAACACUUAUCUACACUGUUUCUUCUCCCGGCAGCCUCCGUAUGGUUACAAAGAAGGCGACAUCCACGGCACUAUAAUAAAGUACAAGGUCGAAUGGUGGGUGACAUCCGAAGGCCGAUCGACGUCGUCGUAUGUCAACGUCACAGGCAUUGAACACCACAAACUACUCACUAACCUAAAAAAGGGAACGAAAUACUCAGUCGUCGUGUCAGCCAUCAAUAAUGCGUUCAUCGGACUUGCAAGCAAAGAGGAGGAAGGAACAACACUGAAGACGAAGCCGGCACCUCCCAGUAACAUACAAACGAAUCCAAUCAACAGCAGACUUAUCCGUUUGUCGUGGACUACGACUGACUUAGGAGGCGGAGCGAUCACUAAAAUCAUCGUGGAGUAUCAAACAGUCGGCGGCGAGUGGAAAGAAGCCAAUCAGCAGCCGAACGUGGGAGACACAGAAGUCGUGAUUAGCGACCUCACCGAGAAGACGCAAUACCGAAUGAGAGUCACUCUAGAGAACGAAGAGGGACGCAGCAUACCGGGUGUAUCAAGCAUUGUAACCACACCUCCCAGUGGAGCGCCGACGAAGCCGAAGUUGCGUGCCACAUCUGUCGGUAUGGAGGAGAUUGAGUUGACGUGGGAAAAAACAGGGACGACUGCGGUCGUCUCGUGGACGCUGCAAAUUAAGAGAGAGAUGGAGGAGGAGUGGAGGGUAGUUGAGGAGUUGAUACACGAGUCGCGUAAGAGUCGAGUGGUCGACGAGUUGAAGCCGAAUACGACUUAUUGGUUUCGAGUGAUCGUACAGAACAACGAAGGGUCGAGUCCAUUCAGCGAUUUCGUCAUGGUUACAACAAAGCCGCUCGAACCUCCUCCUGCUGUGUCAGUAGUCACUGUCGUUAAACAAGAUACCCAGUCCGAGUCCAAUGAAGUGGUGAUGACUUGGGAACGUGGAGUCGAGGGAGUGACCGGCUACCUGGUGCAGUAUCGACACGCCAGCGAUGACGAGUGGACCGAAAACGAAGUCGGACUCGAUGCAACAAGCUUCGUCGUCAGCGAGUUGCAACACAACUCGACGUACUACUUCCGUGUCAUCACCCUACAGGGAGAACUCCGGAGCGUUCCCAGCAACGUUUCACAAUUGAUGACGACAGCAGAAGAAGACGAAGGUUUGUCUCCCGAUUCUCCACUAAGCGUUGGCAGCGUUUCCGAUGAAAGCUUCCCUCUCGCCGCUCUCAUCGCUGUCUGUGUCGUCGGCGGUCUGGUCGUCGUGUUGCUAGUAGUCGUCGUCAUCGCAGUCUAUUGCAGCAAACGAGAACAACUCAAAGAAAAAUGGUAUGAUCCUCCCGAGGACUCGACCAGCUGGUGUCAAGACGACAGCUACCGUAGCCCUGGGUCGAUGCCGCCUUCAUCGAGCAAGACCAUCUCCGACGCCGAAGCUGAUGCCCAAUUCGAACCCGUCAAAUACGCCGAACUUCAGCUAUUCAAGGAACCAUCAUUCAGGCCGUUACACGCAAGGAGGGAAGAGACGCCGUAUGCCGACAUCGACAUUGAAGAGACAGUAGCGCGAGCGGAGAGAUCUCGGUCUCAGUCGGCCGAGCCUGCAGGACCGUCCAAUCGGAGGGGCAACCAUUACCACCUUGCACCACCAUCGGCAAAUGUGCAACCCGAAUCAGACGUGUGAACAAGUCGUCGGGCUGUGUGUGUAUUAUAGAAGGAUUGACUGAGAUGAGGACUGGAUUUCUUGGCUUGUUGGGUAUGAGUGCUUUCAAUCAAUCGUAACCGUUGGAUGCCUGAUGUCACAAGACUAAUUAUCGAGGGACGUAAUUAUGUACUAAUAGUAGGAUUUGAGCAGAUGUGCUGCUAGUUUUAGUUGGGUUUCGUUAGAUUGUAAUUUAUAUAUAGUAUAGUAUAGUCUACACAUGCAAUGGACACUGACCGUUUAAUCAGGUGUUACUGUAAUCACUGUAAUGGUAUUGUUCCUGACUACUGAGUUGGUGUUAGGUGUUUAGUGGUUUGAAUUCAGUAACAUACUGAGUGUGUUGGGUUCCUUUCUGUUGGCUAGAGAUCAUUGUAAAACAUCGAAUCUUGAUAGUUUGUUA